AUGACUACUCAUAUUAGCAUUCUGCCUAUCGAUGUUCUAGAUACCCUUUCUGUGCAGUUGAACGAGGAGUUCCCCUCUGCGAUUGGACGUCGCCAAUUUCUUCGCCUGCCUCACCCUAGAACAGGCAUUUCGUCACUCUUCCUCCCGUACCAACUUUCGCAAUCAUCACAAACAUCAUCUCAGUGGGGGCUCUUGGAAGUACAUAGUAUUACUCCGCCAAACUCCAGAUCAUGGUUCCUCCCGAAAAGCGACGAGGUUCUGGCCGACGGUAAGAUGCUCGUGACGACACCUAUCGACGUCGCGUUUCUCUUGAUCCAUAUUCUACGCUGUCUCGACUCAACAAACUUCCGACCACUCGACGAUGUCUUGGAAGAGGCUGCAUCCAAGAUAUUACAGUCCACCCCAGCUUCCGACGAUCCAUCUUCCUCCAUUCGACAGAAUGAUAUAAUGUCACUCGCAUCACUGGAUUGCACGGCUGCUGCAAUGAGGCGAAUGUGUGACACACAAGAUAUCACACCCGAGAUCUCCGUAUUCCGUUACUCACCAGACAAGGCGCUGAAGUAUCUGACGGCUAAGGUUACACGACUGUCGAAGGCAGAGAUCACGGAACAGUCACGGACGAUUGUAAGGAAUAUGGCGAAGGACGGGUUGAUGGAUGAUGGAAAAGAGAGUCUACUCGAAGUUGGUCGACUAAAGGCAGCUUGUGACCUGGUAUCGCAAUAUCUUCCGGGGGAGGUAUACAAAGCACUUCUCGCGACAUAUGACUUCUCACAGCUAGAUGAGCACCUCCAAUCUCUUCAAGCAGAGGCGGCAGCUCUCGCCCUCGCCUCUGUACCACCAACUGGAACAAAAUCUAAGAAAGGAGGCGCCAAAAACACCGAGGACGAGGAUGGGAAGAAGAGGAAAGCCAAGGCGAAGACGACGCAUGGGGUGGAGAAGCUGAAGAAGGCGAACACUACGGGAAUGUCGAAGAUAUCGACCUUCUUUCAGAAGAAGUAACGCGUCUGGGGGCUCGCAGGCUGGUGCGCUGAUGCUUUCUCCGGUCCUUGAAGCUUCAAGUCCGACUGCUGAGUAAAGCGAUGCGAUUGUGCUGCGCCACUGUGGCGUUGCAGCUACUUGGUUAUUUUGGGCCGCCGACUGGGGGCGGACCUCAUGCGAGACGAUUAGAUAU